AUGGCCAGCGCAUUGCCACAAACUGUUGCGGAGCAGGAGCGCAGCAUCUAUGAGAACUUUGCCACACCGCUGGCGGGCACUUUUCUCAAUUUACCCGUCGAGUCGGCGCUCAUCAAGUGCCCCGCCUGUGGCGUGAGGCAACAAAGCGUGCUGCAAAAUGAUCUCAAGUGGUGGGCCAGCGAACUGAAUCGCAUUGUGGGCUGUCUGUUCGUCACUUGUUGUUGCUGCUGUUGCCUGGACUACUAUGUGCCCUGCAAGCAAACGGAUCGCAGUCAUUAUUGUGGCAACUGUGGCUGCUACUUUGGACGUGCUAUGAAGCGUCGUGCGCCGCUUAAAAUAAAGCCAAACAAAAGUGCUGCUGCAACUACAGUGAAUACACAAUAAGGCACACAUUCACAUACUUUGAUUUGUUGUUGUGCUUAGCGUGUGUCUGCUGUUUAUCAUUGAAACAUACGUUUUCUAUCGUUUUGCGCAUAUUUUGAAUAUUUUUGUAUUGGCUGAAAAUAAACAAAAAGAAUUUCCCAUAAAG